CAAUGAUCCGGCUUGGGUGGUGCACCAAUGCUUGACACGAUUGCCCAAGGCCGAAUGGAUCUCGCCAGAAUGGCAUUCAAUUGACGUACUGCACUGCGUUCGACACAUGCUGGAACUCGGGUUAGAGCGAUUGAACUCAGCUGGUUUGGAGAGCUCUGUAGCCAAGCACAGGAUUCAAACUCGUCUACUCAAUCUUUAUUUGAGCCACAUUUCGCUCUUCGAGGCGCUGGCCAUCUGUUCCCCCCAGAUAUUCUCUUCUGACAGGGUAACCUAUGUACCAAGCCUAAUCAAAACUCUACGAAAGCAUCCGGAUGGCUUGGACCUCGCCGUCAGUUUUGCUGAGGCUGGCUGGUUUGAUCACAUCCGUGUCUUGGCAGAACGACUUCCUGAACUUGUUGAUAUUCAUCGGCUGAGUAUUGCCGCUAGUCUCGUAGAGACGCUUUCUCCUUCCAAGUACGCUCGUGGCCUACUCGAUCUGCUGGAUACCGUUGUAGACGCCUCUCUCUCUAUCCAACCUAAACCAGAUCCUUCCGCCAUCGACCGUCUAUAUGGACGUCUAUCACCAGACUAUCGGCAACUGGCGUCGCCAUCCUCCAGAGUCCUUUCCAAAUCAGCCUCCCGUCAGCACCGUCUUGUCCAGCUCACUCUCUGGCUGAUCCUGCGUUCUGAGGAAAUCGAAUCUUUGGCAAGACAGUCAAGCAUUGCACUUGAACUAAUCCAUGAAGGAAUUUGCAUAAUUUCCAAACGUGUUCGCAAUGAAUCUCUACUUCCUGACUGGCUGGGUCAGGCUAAUGCUGUUGGGUCGUCAUUUGAGCAUGAUGUAAAAGAGACAGAAAUGACAGAUGACAUGGUUUCUGGUUGGCCACUAGCCAUGCACCGUCUUUGGUGUCUGCGCGCACAGCUACUUCAGUUGAACAAGGUGAGCUUUGCCAUAUGGUCUCAAACUCUAAUAGCUUUGAUCGAAGAUAUUAAGACCAUGAUGGUGUGGCUCUUGGUAUGGUCGCAGUUUUUUUUUUCGACUUAUAGAAGUGGUUUGACCUUUUCGCAACUUGGUCUUGUCAGGGCGACUUAG